AUGCCGGAGCAGGUUCUGAGGGACCUGCAGGCGCAUAUGCACGCGAUGCAGCAGGAGCUCAUCGCGGCGCGCGGCGAGGCCGCGCAGGCGCGGCAAGCGGCAGACGAGGCGCGGGCGGCGGCUCCCGCACAGCGAGAGAGCGCGGUCCCGGCGGCGGAGCGCUGGGCCGCAGAGGUCAGGACAAUUGGCAAGCCAGAGCAUUUCGACGGCACGAGGUGGCCGGACUGGUCGGUGGUCUUCGCGGCGUACGUGGGCGCGACCAACCUUCGCAUGGCAGAUGCGCUCCAACGAGCGGCGAGGGCGGGUGCGCCCGUGCUCAACGCGACCUUGGAGGGCGACGACGUAGAGAUCAGCCGCCAGCUCCACUACUGGCUGGUGCAGACGUGCCGGGCUCAAGCGCUCGACGUGGUGCUGAACUCGGGCGCGCUGGUGGGCCUGGAGGCUUGGCGGCAGCUGAACCAUUGCUACGAGCCCCAGGUGUGCACGAUAUAUGCGGGCCUCUUGAUGCAGUUGCUCAACUGGGACUUCAGUGGGGAGCUCCUCACGAGGAUGGAGGCCUUCGAGCGCGAGGUCUCGCUCUUCGAGGGCCAGACGGGCGAGCAGCUGAGCAACGCCAUCAAGAUCGGGAUCGUGCUGCAGGGGUUGCUGGACAGCCCGCUGAAGCAGCGCAUGAUCCUAAACGCAGAGAGGCUCGAGCAGUGGGUGCAGUUCCGAGAGGAGAUAGUGAAUGUGCGCCGCGCCCAGGCAGCAGCGGCGGCGAUUUCUGGAGGACCGAUGCCGAUGGAGCUCGGAGGUUUCGGGGGAAAGGGCGGAGGCAAGGGUGGCGAGAUGGAACGUGGCCACGGCUACCCUCAGCCUCACCAUUCAGUCGGCCCAUGCCGCAACUGCGGCCGCCAGUGGCGCGCCAAGAAGGACUGCCGGUUCACCGACGAGGGCAAGGGCGGCGGCGCUGGCGCGGGGCGUGGCUCGGCGCAGCGCAAGUGCUACAAGUGCAACCAGCUGGGCCACGUCGCGAAGGACUGCGAGCAGCGCGAGGUCGCCGCGGUCGAGGGGGGCCGCGAGAGCCUGAGAAUGGCCAUCCGCGGGCUCUUCCUCAACGCCUUGGACAAGGGCAACGCGGUGCAGGGGGCCUGCGACCUGCUGCUGGACAGCGGGAUCGCCAGCGAGGAGCUCUUCGGCAAGCUGCUGGAGCUGGGAGCGGUCGCGCGCGGCCCUCGGAAGCUCGUGAUGGGCGUCGACUCUGGCGCGGCGACGACGGUGAUGCCCAAGGAGAGCUUCGCUGGGCUGGCCUCAGUCUCGGAGGUUGUCGAUGCCGGGCGCGCGAUCGUCUUCGGCCGCGAGCGGAGCUUCGCGAGGAACGAGAGCACAGGGCUGGAGAUCAAUUUCGCGAGGCGCAACAACGUGUACGAGGUGGAGUUGGACGCCCACCCGUGCGCGAGGCGCGCGGGGUGCUGGGCCAGGGGCCGUCGGGGUUUCAACCCGGCAGGCCUGGCCGCUGUAAGCCUGGCCCUCGCGGAGGGCAGUGAGAUCUGCCAGUUGCGUGGAGGCGGGGGCGAUGAGCCCCUUCCAGUCGUCGAGGACCCCUGCGGUGAGCUGCUCCCGCCGGCGCAGCCGGGCGAGGGCGGCGAGAGCGAGGCGGAGGCCCCAGUGGUCAGGGCUGCGAGGGGACCGUGGGGGCCCACGGGGCAGGAGGAGAUGGAUCACGAGGUGAGCCAUGUCCCCUUCCGGGCGUGGUGCCGUCACUGCGUGGCGGGCCGCGGACGCCCGGCCCCGCGUGAGCCGUGCGACCGUGCGGAGGACGGAGCGCCCAUCAUCGCGCUGGACAACGCGUACUUGGGCGGCAACGAGGACAGCGAGGACGGCUCCUCGCCGAUCCGGGUGGUGCGAGACUCGGCGAUCGAUGGACUUCGAGCGAGGUGCUGUCGGGCAAGGGGCUGGCGCCCCCCCCUCAACGUGGAGACGUUGGCGCGGCUCUGUGCGCAGAUGGGCCGCGCGAAGAUGCACUUCAGGUCGGACCAGGAGAAGCCCAUCCUGGCCCUGAAGGAGUCCGCCGUGGGCGAGUCCCGGAGCAAUGGGCUCGCAGAAAGAGCGGUGCGAGACGUCGAGGGUCUCGCGCGCACGCUGCGGCGCGCGGCAGAGGAGCUGCGCGGGGCGGUGUUCGGGCAGCGUCAUCCCGUUCUGCCCUGGCUGGUGCAGCACGCUGGGGCGAUGCUGGGCCGAGGCCAACGGGCUGCCGACGGCAGGACGCCGUGCGAGCUGCUGAAGGGUAGGGCGUUCAAGAAGCCACUGCCGGCCUUCUCGGAGAAGGUCUUUUACUUGCCUGCGGGCAAGAGGGCGUCGCGGCUGGUGGGCAGGUGGCUGGAGGGCAUCUUCCUCGGGGUUGUGGAGGGCGCCGACGAGGUGUGCAUCGGCGCGCCGUCGGACAAGGUGCUGCUGGCCGAGAUGCGCGGGGUGCCUUGGGGCCGGGUCCCUGGAGGCAUCGAGGGCAGCCGCGCCCUCGACGGGGGCGGCGGCCUGGCGGCGCCGCCGGCGCACGUGAAGAUCGUGGCGGACCAGGUGGCGCCCGACGCGCAGCUGCCGGAGGUGCCGGCGCCGGCAGUGCCAGGAGCGCCGAGGCGCGUCUAUCUGAGGCGCGACGUCAAGCUGCAGAGCAUGGGGGUGGGCCAGCUGACGAUCGCGGGCGCCAGGCAGAUAGGCACCUUGCUGAUGCAGCUGGGAGCCUUCGAGGGUGACAUCAGGGAGGUGUUCAACCCAGGCGAUAUCUGCAGGCUGGUGCCGUGCUUCGACCUGAAGCAGGAGAUCGUCAUGUACCUGCGGACCGGCUGGGACUUCGACGACAAGAGCCAGCGCGAGCUGGCGAUGCAGGAGAUCACGGAGAGCAAGCCCAUGUUCGUGGUGGCGAGCCCCGUGUGCACGCCAUUCUCGCUGAUCCUGAAGAUGGGCGAGAAGGUGCGCGACGAGGAGCGGUACCAGGCGCUGCUAAGGCGCUGCGUCGUCUACCUCGAGUUUGUGAUGGAGAUCUGCGCACUCCAGCAGUGCGAGGGCCGGUACUUCUUGUGCGUGCGGCUGCUGGAGGGCGUCGUGGUGGUGAAGGGCCACCAGUGUGGCUUCGGGCAGACCUCGAAGGGGCCAGACGGGGUCGUCGGGCCGGUGGCGAAGGCGACGGGCUGGAUGACGAACUGCCCGGCCAUCGCGAAGCGCGUGGGGGUCCUGUGCGCCAAGGAUCACCGGCACGUGCACCUGGUCGGAGGCAGGAGCAAGGCGGCCGAGCGGUACCCGAUCCCGCUGGUCAAGGCCAUCUUGUCUGGCAUGCGCGAGCAGCUGGAGACCGGGCGUGGGCUCCACGCGUUCGAGGUCGGCGUGGCGAUCGAGGAGCCGGAGGCCAUCGAGGCGGCGACGCCAGAGGAGCUCGAGGAGUUCUUCGACGGCAUUUCGGGCGCGCGGCUGGACCCGAAGAUGGUGCGCGCGGCGCGAGCUGAUGAGAUGGCCUACAUGGAGAGGUUGGGCGUCUUCUGGCGGGUGCCGACGAGCGAGUGCCAUGAGGCCGCAGGGGCUCGGCCGCUGCCCAGCGGCUGGGUCGACACGAACACGGGCGACCAGCGCUGGCCGGAUGCAGCGCAGACCUUCGCGGCCGCGCCGCCGCUCGAGGGGCUGCGGCUGCUGCUCUCCCUGGCCAUGUCGUGGCUAGCCUCGGAGGGCAAGAUUCUCAUGUUCCUGGGAAUAUCCAGGGCCCGCCUGCACUCGGAGCUCCUGCGGCGCGUCUACCUGAAGGCGCCAGCAGAGGACGAGAAGUGCGGAGAGGAUGAGUGCUGGCUCCUGCUGAAUGCCAUGUGCGGGCUGCGGGGCGCUGGCGCGGCUGUCGACCUGAAGGUGGAGAAGGUCAUGGAGGAGCUUUGGGCGCGGCAGGGGCAGUUCAGCCCGUGCGUCUGCAGGCUGGGGUCGCUGGUGGUGUGGCGCCGCGGCGACGACUUCGUCGUCUUCGGUGGGCGCUCGGGGGCGAGGAACUUCGAGGCGGGCCCGGGCAGGCACUUGAUCGUUAAGUGCCGCGGCAUCCUGGGCCCGGAGGCGAGCGAGGGCGACGUGAAGGAGAUCGUGGUGCCCAACCGCAUCCUGCGGUGGGUGCCAGGCGACGGGGUCUCGCCCGACCGCGUCGAGCACGAGGAAGACCCUCGACAUGUGGAGAUCGUGCUGGCGCAGCUCUGGCUCGACAGCAAGAGCAUGCCCGUCGGCGCGCCUGGAGUCGAGAAGGACACGCUGGGCGGUGAGGAGCUGACGGGGCGCGAGCGCGAGAUGUACAGGUCAGUGUGCAUGAGGCUGGCCUACCUCGCGCUGGACAGGCCCGACCUGCAGUUCAGCGCGAAGGAGGCGGCGCGUGUGAUGCAGGCGCCGACGGUCGGAGGCUGGGAGGCGCUCAAGAGGAUGGGGCGCUACCUGCUGGGUGCUCCUCGGCUGGUGGCGACGUAUGCCAGACAGCCGCCGCCGAGGAAGCUGAGCAUCUUCACGGACAGUGACUUCGCGGGCUGCACGCGGACGAGGAAGUCGACCUCGGCCAUGAGCGUGUUGUUCGGCUCGCACUGGAUCAAGUCUUCGUCGACGACGCAGCAGGUGCAGAGCCUCGCGACACGGGGGGCUGAGUUCCACGCCCUGGUCGAGGGGGCCUCGGCGGGGCUCGACUUCCGCGUCCUGCUAGAGGACUACGGCUACGGCAACAUAGACGUGGAGCUGUGCUGCGACGCCACCGCGGGCAAAGGUAUCGCGGAGCGUCGUGGCGUAGGGCGCAUUCGCCAUCUGCGCACGCUCCUCCUUUGGAUCCAGAGGGCUGUACAGCGUGGCCUCGUGAAUGUCAGGAAGGUGCCAGGUGCUGCCGACAGCGCGGACCUGGGCACCAAGCGUGUGGAGGCGGCGUUGAUCGCCCGGUUUCUCGCCAGCCUAGGUUUCGUCCAGAUGAGCGGAGCGAGCAGGCUGGCCCUCAAGGCGGUGCUGGCGCUCGCGCUGCCCGCGGCGAGCGGCGCGGGCACGCCGGCGGCGGCGCCCCUGGGGCCGUGCCCGGGCGAGACGAACGAGAAGAGCUCCUGGCCGGCCGGCGAGGGCGCGGAGGAGCGGGUCGAGGUGGAGUUUGUCAACGAGAGCCCGCUGGACGUGCAGCUGGUGUGGGUGAGCCAGACCAACCAGGAGCAGCACGUGGCCUACCUCGCGACCGGCGCGGCCCACCUCGAGGAGACGUUCGUGGGCCACUUGUUCAACGUCCGCUCGGCGGGCGGCGCCCGGCUGAUGACCGUGCACCGCGUCGAGGCCGCCGCGAAGGUCAGGGCUCUGGGCAUCCCCACCGCGAGCAGGGAUCGGCGUCACGCUCCCCCCCCCCCCCCCAGGAGUUUUCGGCAGUCUUCGCUGCACCUUUGA